AUGUCAUACCAAGCAGGUCGUCCAGAAAACGUCCUUAGACGUGCAGAGGAUUUGAUUGCCAUCAAUGAGCCAACUCUUGCUCUUCAAAGUUUAUAUAACUUCAUUACUGCCAAGAGAACCAAAUACAUCAAUCCUACAACUCCCGAAUUAGUUCAGAAUUUCAAGCUAUUCAUCUCCAUUGCAAUUAAGAAUAGACUCUCUAAGGAUAUUAAGGAUGCUUUGUACCACUAUAAGAGAAUUGUGCAAACUGCAAAUACUACUGAAGGUUAUGAAUCUUUGGAACAGCUUGCAAAGUUUUUCCUGAAGGAAGCAAACUCUAAAUUAGAUGAAGCUCAAACCCAAGCCAACGAUGCCGCAGAAGCCGCAAUUGAAGAAAACGUUCUGUCUGCUGCUGCUGCUCAGAAGGUUUUAGAUACUUUAGAGGAAGAAGAAGAAGUUGCACAUGACGAGGAGGAAGAUGACGUCGAGGCCUUCCAUUUCAACGUUUCUCCAGAAAAUAUUCUACUUUCAUCUGUUACAACCGAUGAUUCCACCGAUAGAUCAAAUAAGGAGUUCUUUUUACCUUGGUUAAAGUUUGUCUGGGAAGCACACAGAACUGUUCUUGAAUUAUUAAAGAAUAACAAUAAGUUGGAAACUUCGUACUGCCAAGUAAUCUUGGAAGCAUUCCAAUUCUGUAUCAAAUAUGAAAGAAAGGCAGAAUUCAAGAGAUUAUGCGAGCUAUUGAAGAAUCAUUUAUUAGCAAUGUCUAAACCAGAAUUUGAAGACGCCGUCAACUUGUCUAAUCCAGAUACAUUGCAGAAAUUUUUAGACACUAGAUUUCAGCAAUUGAACACCGCAGUGAAGUUAGAAUUGUGGAAAGAAUCUUUCAAGAGUAUCGAUGAUGUUCACGUUUUGAUGAAGAUAUCAAAGAGAACUCCUAAGCCUAUUGCCUUGGUGAACUAUUACAAGAACUUAGCAAAGAUCUUUCAAGUUUCCAAUGAUUACAUUUAUGCAACUACUGCAAGACAAAAGUUGUUUGAGCUAUUAAUUCAAUCACCAAUCAUCACUGCGGAAGAAUUGAAGGAACACUCAACUUUGUAUUUAAUUACAGCAUUGUCGAUUCCUGUUUCUGAAUCUUCUUCAAGGUCUUUUUCUGUUCAAAAUGGUUUGGUUGAUUCUGAAUUUUACAAGAGAAAAAACCAAAAAUUGACCUCUUUGCUAAACUUGAAGGAGGUUCCAACGAGAGAAUCAUUGCUAGGUUCGAACACCUUAAAGGCUGUUCUUAAAUAUGCGGACGCUAAUAUUGUUGCCUUGUUCAACUUAUUAGAGAAAUCUUUCAACCCAUUGACUUUUAAUACUUCUGCAAAUAAGAUUUUGAAUGAACUGGCAAGUAAUGACAAAUACUUAUCUUAUACCACACCAUUGAAGGAAGUUAUUGUGUCUAAGAUCAUUUCUAAAGUCUCAACUCUUUAUGAGUCUAUUAAGUUUGACUUCCUCUAUAAGAUUUCGACUUUUGAAAAUUCUAUUUUCAACUAUGAUCAGUUUACAUUCGAGGAUCUACUUGUAAAUGGUUCAUUUUCCAAUUUGAUUAAAUCAGAUGUCGAAAUUGACGAUGAAGCAGGCGUUGUUUCAUUCACUGAUAAAUUGUAUGCAUCACCAGCAUCUAGGGUCAACUCCCGUUUAUUUGACCUUGAAAAGGCAUUGUCAUCAGCUAUCAAUUUGAUUAACGUUGAACAAUAUAAUGCAUCAAAGAAGGAACUCCAGAACAGAUUGUUACAAGCAGCAAAUGAACAGUUUGCUGCCGAGAAGGAAAAUAUUUUGAAGACAUCUGAAUUGAUUGCGCAACGUGAAGAAGAGUUACGUGCUUCUAAACUAGAAGAGAAGCUCGAAAACGAAAAGGCUAGACAAGAGGCUGCAAUUAAACAAAGAAAGGCAGAAGAAGAACGUAUUCAACAAGAAGCUGAAAGACGUGAAAGAGAGAGAAUCGAAAAGACUACAAAGAUGAUCGAAAUGGACAACAAGAAGCAGAUUGUUGCCAACAUCAAUGCUAGUGGUAUCAUCCAUAUCAAAUUCGAAGAUGUCAAGGAUAUGUCUGAAGAUGACAUUCGUAAAUUGCAAAUCAAAAAGCUAGAGGAAGAAUCUAACAAAUUAGAGGAGAAGACCCAAGCUAUUGUUAAAAGAGCAGAUUAUAUCGAAAGAGCACAAAGACAGUACGAAAUUCCUUUACUUGAGAAGGAGUUUGAACAUGACGUUGUUAAGCAACGGGAAGAAUAUGAGGUUUUAAAGAAGAAGAACGAAGAGCAAUCCAAGGCAGCACAUGAACAAGCUUUACAAAUUAAGGAAAGAUUGUCUAGAUUUGUUCCUGUAUUUGAGGAAUAUUGCAACAAGCUAGCUGAAUUAUCUGUUGAUGUUCGUAAGGAGAAGGAACUCAAGAUAAAGGAAAAGCUAGAAGCGGCAAAGAAGGCUAGAAUUGCAGAAUUUAUCGAGGAAAAGAAGAAGGAGUUUUUGGAGGCACAGCAAAGAGAGAAGGAGGCAGCAAAGGCAAAGGCGAUGGCGGAAGCACAAGCAGCAGCAGAAGCUAAGAUGUAUGAAGCCCAAAACAGAGCGAGAGAAGAGGCAUUGAAAGCCAGACAAGCUGCUAUGGGACAAGCCUCAUCAUCUGGUAGAUACACCCCACCUACUGCAACUCCGUCUAGGUACACCCCACCAACGGCAGCACCAUCUAGGUAUACUCCACCUACUGCAGCACCAUCUAGGUACACUCCACCUACUGCCGUCCCAUCUAGAGCCAGUCCAUCACAAGGUUCUGGUGAUCCAGAAAGAGCUGAUUACGAGGCAUUAAAGACUAAGGGUUCUUUGAGCAUGUCCGAAAGACUCAAGCUGAAGAGACUUGCUGCUAAAUUCGAGUGA